AUGCAAUUCAAGGCGUGCGGAAAGAUCCUAAGCUUCUUCAGGAUCAGACAGAUUUUGGCGAUAGCAGGACCUUCCUCUGCCCACCUUUCGCCUCAAGCGUCGAGAAAGCCUGUCUAUCUCAUCUCGCUGGCUUCCAUCCAGCGUCGUCGGAACCUCGUCCACCUGCAAUCACCCACCCUUCUCGCUGUUCUCGAAAACUACGGUGAUGGGAAACCUCUCGCCGACGUUUGGGUUGCAAUCAUGCCUUCUGCGCACCCUCACAGGCGCUUCUCCGAGCUCGCUUCCUCGGCCGAGCGUAUCAUGCCAUAA